ACCUGAAGUGAUCGUUGACAGGCAGGCAGUGAGGAAAGAAGACAUGACGCAGAUACGAGGGUAGCAGCCUGGCUCUGAGGUGGAAUUAUGUGCUUCAAACAGGCUGUAAGGCAUGAAUCAGGUCACAAUUCAUUGGGACGUGGUAAUAGCUCUCUACAUAUUCUUCAGUUGGUGUCAUGGAGGGAUUACAAAUAUAAACUGCUCUGGACACAUCUGGGUAGAACCUGCCACAAUUUUUAAGAUGGGUAUGAAUAUCUCUAUAUAUUGCCAAGCAGCAGUUAAGAACUGCCAACCAAGGAAACUUUAUUUUUAUAAAAAUGGCAUCAAGGAAAGAUUUCAUAUCACAAGAAUCAAUAGAACAACAGCUCGCCUGUGGUAUAACAGCUUUGUGGAGCCACAAGCCUUUGUGUACUGUACUGCUGAAUGUUCCAGAUAUUUUCCAGAGACAUUGAUAUGUGGAAAAGACAUUUCUUCUGGAUAUCCACCAGAUGUACCUGACAAAGUAGCCUGUGUCAUUUAUGAAUAUUCCGGCAACAUGACUUGUACCUGGAACCCUGGGAGGCCCACCUACAUAGACACAAAGUAUGUGGUGUACGUGAAGAGUUUAGAGACAGAAGAAGAGCAAGAAUAUCUCACUUCAAGUUACAUUAAUAUCCCUACUGAUUCAUUGCAAAAGGGCAAGAAGUAUUUGGUUUGGGUCCAAGCUUCAAAUGUACUGGGCAUGGAGAAGUCGAAACAACUACAAAUUCAUCUGGAUGAUAUAGUGAUACCUUCUGCAUCCAUUAUUUCCAGGGCUGAGGAUAUAAAUACUACAGUGUCCAAGACUGUAAUCCACUGGGAUAGUCAAACAUCAAUUGAAAAAGUUUCCUGUGAAAUGAGAUACAAAGCUACAACAAACCAAACUUGGAAUGUUAAAGAAUUUGAUACCAAUUUUACAUAUGAGCAACAGUCAGAAUUCUACUUGCAGCCAAAUGCUACGUAUGUAUUUCAAGUGAGAUGUCAAGAAACAGGUAAAAGGUACUGGCAGCCCUGGAGUUCACCCUUUUUUCAUAAAACUCCUGAAAUAGUUCCUCAGGUCACAAUGAAAUCAUUCCAACAUGAUACUCAGAAUUCUGGACUUCUAAUUGCUUCCAUCUUUAAAAAACACCUUACUUCUGACAACAGGAAACAAGACAUUGGACUUUUACUGGGAAUGGUCUUCUUUGCUGUUAUGCUGUCAGUUCUAGCUUUGAUUGGGAUAUUUAACAGAUCGCUUCGAAUUGGAAUUAAAAGAAGAAUCUUAUUGCUAAUACCAAAAUGGCUCUAUGAAGAUAUUCCUAAUAUGGAAAACAGUAAAGUUGUGAAAAUACUUCAGGAAAGAAAUGAGUUUAUGAAUAACAGUUCCAGCGAACAGGUCCUAUAUGUUGAUCCAGUGAUUACAGAGAUAGAAAUCAUUCUCCCAGAAGAAAAACCCAUGGGCUACAAGAAACAAAACAAUACAGGAUGCCUGGAGAGAAAAGAGAGCCUCACUGACACUACAGUUGUUUAUAUUCCUGAUCUCAACACUGGGUAUAAACCCCAGAUUUCAAGUUUUCUCCCUGGGGGAAACCAUCUCAGCAAUGAUAAUGAAACAGCUUGCUCAAUUCUGGAACCACCAGCUGAUUUCUUAAACUUGGGAAACAAUGCCAGGUUUAAAAAAUAUCCUGAUUUUGCUUUUUCUGUCUCAAGUACAAAUUCACUAAGCAACACACUAUUUCUUGAAGAAUUAAGCCUCAUUUUAAAUCAAGGAGAAUGCAGUCCUCUGGACAUACAAAAGUCAAUAGAGGGGGAAACUGCCAUGCUUCUGGAAGAUGCAUUACUGAAUGAAACUAUUCCAGAACAAACCCUGCUGCCUGAUGAAUUUGUCUCCUGUUUGGGGAGCAUGAACAAAGAGUUGCCAUCUAUUAAUUCUUACUUUCCACAAAAUAUUUUGGAAAGCCACUUCAAUCGGAUUUCACUCUUAGAAAAGUAGAUUUGUGUAGUCAAAAGCUGCCUUGCAAUCUGAAGAGGGCUCUCUCUCAACACAAAUUUAAUUCUGCCCAAUUUUUUUAAUUAGAGAAUUAAGAUCAAAAGAUGAAACAUACUUCAUGGCCACAAAAGCAGCAGAAAUAUUAAAGAAGACUUCGAUAUUUUAAAAAAUGUUUCAACUAUAUCUUUUAAAAAUUUUCCUCAUUGCAAGGCACUAAACAGAUCUCUCUGUAUGAAGGAUAAAUAAUGCAAAAUACAUGGUAAUGAAAUAAGUGCGGAAAAUAGUUUUUUAAAAUCGAGCUAUUAGUAUUUGCUUACAAGAGGAAAAACAAGUUUAAUUUUCAUUUUAUUACUUAGUAGAUAAAAAUAUAGCCCUCAA